AUGGCCCGCGGGCUGCUGGCCCUGCUGCUGCUGCUGCUGCUGGACCUGGAGCCUGAGCCCAGCGGCGCCGACUACUGCAGCUGGAAGGGCAGCGGUUUGAGCUGGGAGCCCCGAUCCCGCACAGUGGAGCAGGUCCACCUGCGCUGCACCGAGGGCUCGCUGGAAUGGAUGUACCCGGCGCGUGCCCUGCGUGUCGUUCUGGAGCCCAACCUGUCGAGUGCCAAGCACACCACCGUCUGCAUCAAGCCAGCGAGCAACUUCCAGGGUGCCAACAUCUACGUGGAGCGCGCGGGGCAGCUGCACCUAGUGGUGAGUGAGGCCGAGGAGACAUGGCUGCGCCACGUGUCCUGCUUCAGCGCCCACACCCCACAGCGGGUUGCCCUCUUCCUACAAGCCAGCCCGCAGAGGGACAUCAGCCGCCGGACGGCCAGCUUCCAGUACGAACUGCUGAGCAACCAGAGCACUGCCGGCCCCGACAUCCAUUCUUUUUCAGCGAUGUGCCGCCCUUGUGAUGACAUGGAGCUUCUCAUGGCCAUUUGCAGCAGUGACUUUGUGGUGAGAGGAUCCAUCCGAAACGUGUCCCAUGACCCUGAGAAUCACAUGUCACAGGUCGAAGUCGGCGUCCAAAAAGUCUACCGGCAGAAAAACAGAAUCUUUCAAAUAAAAGGAUUAAUAAAGAAUGUGGUGGCACUGAUACUUCAAGCAAUUGCCUUCACUUCUGAGCAAUGCUUUGUGCAUCUAAUCCUCUCCGUCAUUGGAGCAUGCAACGCUCUACAGGAUCAGGCCCAUAAAAAGCAGCACAGUGUGGCUACUGGCUAUGUCCACGUCCUGAAGCAUGACUGUUGCCUGGGAGCAAGUCCUCUUCCUCCAUGA